UUGGAACUAAAAAUACGUUACCAUGAAUGCUGGAGUUUUUUUGCUGAUGUUAUUUGUGCGGGUGUACGCGGAAAAUUUGGAAGGACCAACAGGUUGUACGUUUGAGGAGGACUCGGACCCGGGCCUGUGUGAGUACCGCCAGAGCCAGGAGGACGACUUUGAUUGGCAGCUGGUCCACUCCUACAGCUGGCUACAUGCGCCCUCCGACCUGCUACGAGGCUCCUAUAUGAUGGUGAACUCCUCCCAGCAUGCACCAGGCCAGCGUGGUCACCUCCUGCUGCGCUCGCUGAGUGAGAACGACACCCACUGCGUCCAGUUCAGCUACUUCCUGUACAGCCGCGACGGCCACAGUCCCGGGACGCUGCGCGUGUACAUUCGUGUCAACGGCGGGCCCCUGGGAAACCCCGUUUGGAACAUCAGCGGAGCGCACGGACGCAAGUGGCACCUGGCAGAGCUGGCCGUCAGCACCUUCUGGCCCAGUGAAUACCAGGUUGUGUUUGAAGCGGAGGUGUCUCCUGAGCGUAAGGGCUACAUCGCGCUGGAUGACAUCGUGCUGCUCAAUUACCCUUGCAACAAGGUGCCUCGGUUCUCCAGGCAGGGAGACGUGGAGGUGAACGCUGGUCAGAACGCCUCCUUCCAGUGUGUUGCUACGGGCCGUGCCAUGGACACAGACUCCUUCUACCUGGAGAGGCGCAACGGUGCCCUGAUGGAGCCGGCGUCGGUGGGUUGGCGUCAGGGCCGCUGGGUGGCGCUGUUCCAGGUGGAGGCGGCCCAGAGGGGCGAGCAGGACCUCUACCGCUGCAUCACGCAGUCACCACGCGGGGCCGCCGUCUCCAACUUCGGGGAGCUCAUCGUUAGAGUGCCCCCCACCCCCAUCGCGCCUCCGCAGCUGUUGCGUGCCGGCCCCACCUACCUCAUCAUCCAGCUCAACAUCAACUCCAUCGUGGGCGACGGGCCGGUGUUCCGGCGCGAAGUCGAGUACCGCGCCAGCCACUCCCCCUGGACGGAGACGCACAGCGUGGGAUCGCUCACCUACAAGGUCUGGCACCUGGAGCCCGACACGGAGUACCGCAUCAGCGUUCUGCUGUCCCGACCCGGGGAGGGGGGAACCGGGCCGCCAGGACCACCACUCAUCAGCAGGACCAAAUGCGCUGAGCCGAUGCGUGCCCUGAGGGGCCUGACUGCUACGGAUAUCCAGCCUCGCCAGCUGUCUCUGCAGUGGGAGCCUCUGGGAUACAACCUGACACGCUGCCACACCUACACACUCUCCCUCUGCUACAGGUAUGCUGUCAAUGCUAAUGGCAACGGCGUUGGCCUGGGAGGGACAAACAGCACGGUAAGCGAGUGUGUGGAGCUGGAGAGGAACACGUCCCACCAUACGCUGAGGGAGCUGCCGCCGUUUCGCACCGUCAACGUUCACCUGGUGCUGGCCAAUCCGGAGGGGAGGAAGGACGGCCGAGAGGUCACCUUUCAGACAGAGGAGGACAUUCCUGGAGGUAUUGCCCCUGAGUCAUUGAGCUUCACUCAGUUGGACGACAUGAUCUUCCUGAAGUGGGAGGAGCCAGUGGAACCAAAUGGACUCAUUACACAAUAUGAGAUCAGCUACCAGAGUAUCGAGUCGUCUGACCCUAGCGUCAAUGUUCCUGGUCCUCGUCGCAUAAUUUUCAAGCUGCGUAACGAGACAUACCACAUGUUCUCUGGACUCCACCACGGAACCACCUAUCUGGUCUCUGUCCGCGCACGCACCUCCAAGGGGUUCGGCCAAACCGCACUCACCGAGAUCACCACCAACAUAUCAGCUCCUGCAUUUGACUAUGAGGAUGCCCCCUCUCCACUCAGUGAAUCAGAGAGCACCAUCACCGUUGUGUUGCGCCCAGCAAUGGGCAGAGGAGCACCCGUCAGUGCAUACCACGUGGUGGUGGUGGAGGAUGAUGGCUCGCGUAAGGUGCGCAGGAGGGAGCUGGGGGGCGGCCAGGGGGGCGACUGCUUUCCUCUGGCCCUGUCCCAUAGCGAGGCGCAGGCCAGGGGGGCGCCCCACUACUACACGGCCGAGCUGACCCCCGACAGCCUGCCCGAGGCUGCCGAGUUCACCGUGGGAGACAACCACACCUACAACGGCUACUGGAACUCACCGCUCGACCCCUCCAAGAACUACCUCAUCUACUUCCAGGCAGCCAGCAACUUCAAAGGGGAGACUCGUAUCAACUGUGUCCAGAUUGCACGCAAAGCAGCGUGUAAAGACCAUAAGAGGGCGCUGGAGGUGUCUCAGCACACAGAGGAGAUGGGCCUGAUCCUGGGGGCCUGUGCAGGGGGCCUGGUGGUACUCAUCCUACUACUAGGGGCCAUCGUCAUCAUCAUCAAGAAAGGGAGGAAAAAGGUGAACAUGAACAAGGCGGCGAUGGCGUACCGCCAGGACAAGAACAGGAAGUUGGGAUCGCUAGACUGCAGCAUGACGGAGCAGAGCACUCUACAGCAAGACGAACGCACCGCACACUCCUUCAUGGACAUGCAGACAAGUACACGCAAUGAGCAGCGUAGCUCAGUGAAUGAGUCGAGUAGCCUGCUGGGUCGCCACUGCCGCCGCAAGAGCUCCCCCUACCACACGGGGCAGCUGCACCCCGCCGUGCGCGUGGCUGACCUGCUGCAGCACAUCAACCAGAUGAAGACGUCAGAGGGAUACGGCUUCAAGCAGGAGUACGAGAGUUUUUUUGAUGGCUGGGAUGUGACGAAGAAGAAAGAUAAAACCAAGGGAAGACAUGACACAAUCCUCAAUCAUGACCAUGACCGUGUGAAACUCCACUCUCUCCUGGAUGACCCCAACUCUGACUAUGUCAACGCUAACUACAUUGAUGGCUACCAGCGCUCAAACCACUACAUUGCGACCCAGGGCCCUAAGCAGGACAUGAUCUAUGACUUCUGGAGGAUGGUGUGGCAGGAGAACUGCUUCAGCAUCGUCAUGAUCACCAAGCUGGUGGAGGUCGGCAGGAUGAAGUGCUACAAGUACUGGCCUGAUGACAGUGAGCUGUAUGGCGACAUCAAGAUCACACUGCUGAAGACAGAAACCCUCGCGGAGUACACCGUCCGCACCUUCGCCAUGGAGAGGAGAGGCUACCCAGCGAAGCAUGAGGUGUGCCAGUUCCACUUCACGUCGUGGCCGGAGCACGGGGUGCCGCACCACGCCACCGGCCUGCUGGCCUUCCUGCGCAGGGUCAAGGCCUCCACUCCCCCCGACGCCGGCCCAGUGGUGGUCCACUGCAGUAUGGGAGCUGGCCGGACAGGCUGUUACAUCGUGCUGGACGUGAUGCUGGACAUGGCUGAGUGUGAGGGCGUGGUGGAUAUCUACAACUGUGUGAAAACACUCUGCUCUCGAAAGAUUAACAUGAUACAGACAGAGGAGCAGUAUGUGUUCAUCCACGAGGCCAUCCUGGAGGCGUGUCUGUGUGGGGAGACGGCCAUCCCCGUCAGCGAGUUUGCCCUGACCUACAAGGACAUGCUGCGGGUGGACACCCAGAGCAACACCUCCCAGCUGAAGGAGGAGUACCAGACUCUGAACUCGGUGACGCCCCACCUGGACGUGGAGGAGUGCAGCGUGUCUCUGUUGCCUGGUAACCGCGAUAAGAACCGCAGCAUGGACGUGCUGCCGCCGGACCGCGCGCUGGCCUUCCUCGUGGGCGACGACGGCAACUUUGGCGUUUGCCCCGGCGACAGCAUCAACAGCGUCACCAACACAAACACCUACAUCAACGCGGCGCUGAUGGACAGCUUCCUGCGUCCCUCGUCCUUCCUGGUGACGCCGCACCCGCUGCCCGGCACCACCACAGACUUCUGGAGACUCGUCUACGACUACGCCGCCACCUCCGUGGUCAUGCUCAACAUGCUCAACCAGUCCAACUCCGCAUGGCCCUGCAUACAGUACUGGCCUGAGUCUGGCACGCAGCACUUUGGACCAAUGACAGUGGAGCUCUUGUCUCGCACAGGCGAUGAAGAUGUCAUCAUCCGUCUGUUCCGCGUCAAGAACGUCACAAGGCUACAGGAGGGGUCCUUGGUGGUGCGUCAUUUCCAGUUCCAGCGCUGGUCACCCUACAGGGACGUGCCUGACUCCAAGAAGGCCUUCCUCAACCUGCUGGCCAUGGUCCACAACUGGCAGAGGGAUUGCGUAGAUGGACGUAUGGUGGUGCACUGCCUAAAUGGAGGCGGUCGCAGUGGGACGUUCUGUGCCUGCAGUAUCCUGAUGGAGAUGAUCAGCCAUCAAAGCUUAGUGGACGUCUUCUACGCCGCCAAGACACUACGCAACUCCAAGCCCAACAUGGUGGAGACCAUGGAGCAGUACCACUUCUGCUACGAGCUGGUUCUUGAGUACCUGGAGUGCCUGGAGGCCAGAUAG